UAGUAGUUAUUCGCCCGGUUGAUUACUGCUGCCUUAAAGCGCGCAAAGUAUUUAUCUCCAUUCAAGGAAAGGAUAACAGUUAUGUAAAGUUAACAGUUACAACAAAUAAUACGGACACUUGUUUCGCCCCACGCCAGGUUCACCAAGGUGGCUGUCCCGCAACAACGCACUCAACAUGGGAUAUCGAUUUCAGUGAAAGGUUAUUAAAUCAAGACAAUAAGCCUGGAAGGUCCAUCUCAUGGCUGAGAGACGCUCAUCUCCGGCUGCCAGGGGAAAGAAGCCGCGGCGGACAUUAUCGUUGACCAAGAGGAGGGGAGAUGGCAGAGCCAAUAGCGGAACGAAGUCUAUCGCUGCCUUUUUCAACAAUGCGCCUCCAGCCAAGCUGGCUUGUCCGUUGUGCGGUGAGAUGGUACCCCGUUUCAAGAUAAACGAGCACAUCGACUCACAGUGCCAAAAUUUUCUCGGGAAUGACCCCAAGGAUGCCGGUUUGUCUUCGGGCAAUGACGUUAUCUCCUCCCCUCCAACUAAUGGUACCCCAAAUCUGGACAGUGCAUCAUGCCCCGAGGAGAAAAAACCUUCAGCCACCAGCCCUUAUUUUAAAAAGCAUGGGUUGUUGCAACAAGACCCACAGGAGUCCAGACAUAGUGAAACGAAGCUUGUAAAGAAUAUAGACCUAGGGAGCCUGGCCUCAAAACUGUCCAGAAAGAGGCUGAAGUUCACAGAUUGUGAGGAUAGAUCGUGCCAACAGAGAACUAGUGCUGCACAUGACCCUGAACAAACAGGGGGCAGUGUGGAGCUAAGCAGCUCCCAGAAGGAGAACUACUGUGUUCAGUUCUCUGAUGACACACAAAGGUGUCCCAAAGGUGACACUGAACCAGCAAGUGAUGUGACCACUCGAAGGACAGCUGCUUUUUCUGCGGACAUUCCCCAAACAGGGAGCGGAGAGGACUUGGAUCAAAAAGAAUCAACGUCCAAGUCUCCUCUUUCAGUGGCGGCUGUGUCAGUGCAGUCUUCUAUCGCAUCCCGACUAAGCAAAAGUAAAAACAAGGAAGGAUUCAGGACAGGUCCUCCUAAACCAGCUCUCCCAGCUGCUGCCAGAAUCAAGAAUAAAAGGGUGAGUGAGGAGCCAGAGAGACGAAACCUAAAAAAGAAAGCUGCCCUCUCCUCAGAGGGCCUUCAGCUACCUCCGGACAGUAUAGGAACUGCAGGUCCCCCUCCGGACAAUAUAGGAACUGCAGGUCCCCCUCCGGACAGUGUAGAAACUGCAGGUCCCCCUCCGGACAGUGUAGAAACUGCAGGUCCCCCUCCGGACAGUGUAGAAACUGCAGGUCCCCCUCCGGACAGUGUAGGAACUGCAGGUCUCCCUCCGGACAGUGUAGGAACUGCAGGUCUCCCUCCGGACAGUGUAGGAACUGCAGGUCUCUCUCCGGACAGUGUAGGAACUGCAGGUCUCUCUCCGGACAGUGUAGGAACUGCAGGUCUCUCUCCGGACAGUGUAGGAACUGCAGGUCUCUCUCCGGACAGUGUAGGAACUGCAGGUCCCUGUACAAGCACAGGAAUAAGGGCGGAGAGUCCCGAGCUGAAGCCCAGUGAUGCUGAAGCUAAUCCGGCUCCUCACGGCGGUUCGGAGGAGAGGGAGGUCACCGAGCGCCAUGCCCCACUCGCAGAGGGAGGGCGGGGGCCGGAGCCGGGAAGGCUGCCCUACUACCUGCGUAACUUCCGGACCGUGCUGGAGGGGGUGCUGGAGAACGAGGACGACCGGCUGCUCCUCAACCAGGAGGACCUGGCCAUCAUCCACGCGUUCCAGCAGCUGUCAGCUGCCGGGCAGAUGCUCUACGUUCGGCUCUUCCAGAGGAAACUGCACUGGCUUCGGGUGAGCAAGCUGGAUUACUCAGAGAUUGGCUCAGACCUCACCCCUGUGAUCCAGGAGCUGGCCAGCUGUGGGUUUCUGCAGAGAGAGAGUGACCUUCAGGACCUGGAGGAGGUCCUGGAGUUGCUUCCUGCUCCAGAGCUGAGGGACCUGGCCAAGACCUUCCACCUGGGGGCCCCCGGCGCCCAGAAACAGCAGCUGGUGACGGAGCUCCUCCGGCUGGGCCGACAGCGCUCCUUCUUCGCCCUGCUCCCCGGGCAGACGGGCGCCGGGGCGGCCAUCUUAAAGAGGGCGAGGACCCUGGCGGGGGCCUGCGUGCGGGUGUGCCGCGACCCUCGAGCGGUCUUCUCCCGCAUGCUCCUCCUCUUCUCCCUCACCGACUCCCUGGAGGAAGAGGAGGCGGGAGCCGGCGGGCAGAAUCAGCUCUACACCAUCCUGCUGGUCAACUCGGGCCGGCUGGCCUUCCCUGCCUACACUGUCCAGCGCAUGGACAGGGUGUUCCAGGACCGAGACGACCUCAUCAGGUACGAGGCCGCCAUGCACGCCCUGCAGGAGGUGAUGUUGGCCAUGCAGGGGGGCAGCUGGGAGGAGGCUCUGCAGCUCUACAGCUCAGCGAAGCAGGUCUGGCAGGAGCAGCAGCACAGCUGCAGCCUCAGGCACCAGGAGGAGCUGCCCGUGUUCCUGCGAUGCUUCACCACAGGCUGGGCCUACACCCGCCUGCUGUCCCGUGGGGUGGAGAUCCUGCAGAGACUGCGCCGCUACGAGGAAGCCGUGCUGGAGCUUCAGUCACUGCUGGCCCAGUCCACGUUCUGUCCUGACAGCAGGGGGCGCUGGUGGGACAGGCUGGCACUCAACCUGCAGCAGCAUCUAAAGCGCACUGAUCAGGCCAUCAGCGCCAUUCGGGAGGGCCUGUCGGACCCACUGGUGCGGACGGGUCACCGGCUGUCCCUGUACCAGCGCGCGGUGAGGAUGAGGGAGUCGCCCAGCUGCAGGAAGUACAGACUGCUCCUGAGGGACCUGCCUGUGGUGGAGGUGCAGGACGUCCUCCACGUGACCAUCCGGGGGAAGCUGUUCCCGCACGCCGGAGGGAUGGGAAAGUCGGUCUUCCUCAUGACAGCCGAUGAGGAUGGAGGGGACGCGGGCGAAGGAGACGGCAAGGCCACGGUCCUGUGCUCUGUGGAGGAGCUGGCACUGGCUCACUACCGCCGGCUCGGGUUCGACCAAGGGAUUCACGGUGAAGGCUCAACGUUUUCCACUCUGUUUGGCCUCUUGUUGUGGGAUAUCAUUUUCAUGGAGGGUAUUCCGGACGUCUUCCGAAAUCCAUACCAGACGUGCCCUCUGGACCUCAACACGGACUGUUUCUAUGGAAACCGGCGGGAGGCGAUGGAGGCGCGGGUGGAGGUGCUGAGGGAGGCCUCCGAGGAGACGCUGCACGCGCUGAUGGCGGAGACCUGGAGCUCCCAGGAGGGCAGGCUGUGUGCGCUGGUCAGCUGGGAGCGCUUCUCCUCCCUGCAGCAGGCCCAGAGUCUGGCGUCGUGUCUUGGCGGGGCGUUCCUGGCGGGAUUGGUGCAGCGCAUGGCUGAAGACUACCGGCACUGCCGUGCGGGACUGCCUGACCUGGUGGUCUGGAGCUCCAGCAGCAAGGCCUACAAGCUGGUGGAGGUGAAGGGGCCGAACGACAGGCUGUCUCAGAAGCAGCAGAUCUGGCUGGACGUGCUGCGGGCGCUGGGGGCGGAUGUGGAGGUGUGUCACGUGACCGACAUUGGCGCCCGGGGGGAGCGUCUGGACUGAGACGCAGGACAGCCCUCGCAUUCUCAGAGAAGCACCAAUCAGUGCUCAGUAAUGGCUGGCCACACCCUCUCUGCUAAACUGAGCCCCUUUCCUCUUGACUAGGUUUGCGAUUAACCUUUGACAAGGAGUUUAAAAAACCAUGCACUUUGACUGAAAUGAAAUUUAACACUACAAACUGACAAGUGGGUCAAAUUAUGUAUUUAAAUUGCUCUCAGGAAAUACCCCUAUGUCAAACUGUAUGUAUGUUGUGAAAUAAAAACUUAACGCUUAUUCAUA